AUGGGGUUUCGCAUCACGACAUGGAAUGGUAAGAUGUUUUUAAUGGGAUUCGGUAUGCACUAUCAUCUAAAUGGACUCGCGUCAAUGGCCACUGACUUCAAAAGGAACCCGUUCUCUUAUGAACCAUGGAGAGGUACCCGCACUUUCGAAUCCAUGUUCGAUAUUCUCGAAUCCGAUAUCGUGGUGUUUCAGGAGGCAAAAAUCCAGCGAAAGGACUUGCGAGAUGACAUGGUCCUGGUGCCAGGAUGGGACUGCUAUUUCAGCCUGCCCAAGUUCAAGAAGGGCAAGUCACGGUACUCUGGGGUAGUUAUUUACACGCGUAAUGCGACCUGUGCGCCAAUCCGGGCCGAAGAAGGCAUCACAGGAGUGCUUUGCCCCCCAAACUCAUCGGUUGCCUUCCGUGAUAUGCCGGAAGAGCAGCAAAUUGGCGGUUACCCUACCCUCAGUCAACUUACAAGCCCACCUUUUGCUUCAGAGCUGAACGACCUGGAAGAUCAGGGUGAAGCCGCACUAUCCAAGGAACGAAUUGAUGCUGCAACUCUGGACUCUGAAGGACGUUGCGUUGUUCUAGAGUUCCCAGCUUUUGUUCUCAUCGGGACAUAUUGCCCCGCAUAUAGGGAUGAGAGCCGCGAUUCUUUUCGCAUGGAUUUCCUCAAUGCUUUGGAUGCUCGGAUACGGAACCUUGUGUCCCUGGGGAAGAGGGUGUUUGUGACUGGGGAUAUCAACAUCGCUAGGGCACCUAUUGACUCUGCACACGCGUUGGAGGGUAUUCGCAAAUGCACCACCACUGAACAAGAAUUUGUCACUAGUCCACCUCGGAGGUUGUUUAACGCUUUGCUGGCUGAUGGUGUGGUGGUUGGUAAUCGGGAGAGCGACAAAGAGCAGCCGGUUCUUCAUGAUAUUUGCCGAUCUUUUCACCCGAAUCGAGCGGGAAUGUAUACCUGCUGGGACACGAGACUCAAUACUAGGCCUGGCAAUUAUGGCUCAAGAAUUGAUUACGUGCUGUGCAGCCUUGAAAUGCGGGAAUGGUUUUCCGGUUCAAAUAUACAGGAAGGCCUCAUGGGAUCUGAUCAUUGCCCCGUUUAUGCCAUAUUCAAGGAUUGGGUGCUGCACGAUGGUAACAUGGUUCAUAUUCAUGAUAUCAUGAACCCCCCCGGAAUGUUUGAAGGUGGCGAUCGUCAGGAAGAAUAUUCGAGCCAAUACAUACUGCCCACGUCAGGACGUCUGCUACCAGAGUUUGAUGUUGACAAGCGGCGGAGUAUCAAGGAUAUGUUUGCACGCAAACCGCCUAGCAUGCCGCCCCGGUUACAGUCCAAACCUAGUGCUGUCGAGACUGUGACCGCACCCAUAAGCAUCGAGCAAGCAUCGCCGGCACCCAGCCAAAUUGAUUCGGAUGAUCUGCUGAACACGCCAGAUGAUUCCUCAGCUUCACACUCCAUGUCUCGAAAGAGACCACCGCCACCGCCAACGGUUCCUGCCAAACGCUCGAAAUCUGCUGCAGUCCCAAGUGCUGCCUCCACUGCCGGCCAGAAAACACUCAAAGGAUUUUUCAAACCCAAGGCUAUUGGCGGUAGUGCUUCAUCUCAUUCACCCGCAAGCACACCCUCUUAUGGUGCAUUGAACUCUGAUGCAGGGACAUCGUCUUCAAGGCUUUGUGCCACUAAUGAUAGCAGUAUGGCUGAAGGUACUCAAAGUACUGAGCUCCCAAUUGAUACACCUGCUGCGAGCACAUUGAAUUCAGUGAUACCGUCCUCACCCAACAAGCUUGAGCAAGAUACGGUGAUCGACCCGAUUGUCAGCAAAGAGGAUUGGUCUAAGCUCUUUACCAAGAAGCCCGUCCCUCGGUGUGAUUCGCAUGAAGAACCCUGCAUCAGCUUGACCACCAAAAAGCCAGGCAUGAACCGUGGCCGCGCAUUCUGGAUAUGUCCUCGGCCCCUGGGGCCCAAUGGUGAAAAGGAAAAAGGGACACAAUGGCGAUGCCCGACAUUCAUCUGGGCCAGUGAUUGGAACGGAUCCUCGCAACCGGAAUCAUGA